AUGGCGGAGUAUUGGAAAUCAGCGCCCAAGUUUUGGUGCAAGCAAUGCAAGAUCUUCAUUCGCGAUACCGCCUUCGAAAAGUCUCAACAUGAGGCUACGGCCAAACAUCAGGGUAAUUUGAAGCGCUUCCUUCGCGACAUCCAUCGGAACAAUGAACAACAACAGCGCGAAGCACAAAGAGCGAAGAAUGAGGUUGAGCGACUGCGCCAGACCGUGGCCGGAUCUGCGGGUGGAAAAGAUGGGGAUGCUGCGCCCUGGAAACGCGCGCCCGCAUCGGCGCCCAAACCUCAGGAGCGACCUGUUUCUUUGGAAGAAAGGAAGCGACAAAUGGCACAACUAGCGGAGAUGGGUAUUGCUAUUCCGGAUGAAUACCGCAGUGAGAUGGCUUUGGCCGGAGAGUGGCAAACGUUGUCGGAGAAAGUUGUACAACCUUCGGAGGAAUCAAAGGCCAGCCAGUCAUUAGGGGUACGCAAACGAAAGCAUGAAGAGCGUGACGAGGAAGAGGAAGAGGCAAAACAAGAAGCUGAACGAUUCGUCAGUAAGGGCUGGGGCUCCCGGACCCGAGUCUAUCCCGGCGCCCAAGAGGACACUGAUCUUGAUGCUCUUUUGGAGUCUACGAAAGAUAUCAAAAAGGGUAAACCUUCAACUCCUGCUGAGUCGGCGCCGGAGCCAGAGCCUGAGAACGCACCGGAAACCGUUAAGGGCCAGUUCAUGCCGGUCAAGUCAGAAGGGGAUGCAGCAGCUCCUGAGACUGGUGAGCCGUCUCAGGUCAAGCAGGAGAGUGAGACUGCCCCCUCGGCUCCUGUGACAAAAGAGGAGCCGGAAGACGCUCCAGCUGCGGGGGUCGUUUUCAAGAAGCGCAAGGCCAAGGUCAUGAGAAAGUAA